AUGGGCAAACCAGAAAUACCAGUGCGAAUUCUCAGUGAUGUUAAUUUGCGCUACUUAAGUAUUUCACGUGGUAUUGUCGUAAUUCACACGUUGGAAGAAGGAAGAAAAUUCACCGAAAAGGCUAUUUUCAGGGAUUGGGAUUUUUAUGAUUCAUUAUCAUUCACGAUAAUAUUCAAUAUGAAAAAGUUAUCAUUCUUAUCAAACCUAUCCGACGCAAUCAUCCUAUUUGGUGAUGAAUUAUGCGCUUUACUGGAAGCCAACCAUGGUAACUGUACAACGAUGAUAAAAGCAUUAUCAAUAAGUAAUAUCAGCUCUGAUACAAUUGUCAUAUCAACAAUUCAUACAGGUUCAUACAGGUAUCGUAACAUUGUGAGGAAAACGUUUAUGAUUGAUAAUUACUCACAGAUUCACCACCACCCAACUUUUUCAUCAAAUUUUUCCAUUCGUUUUUAA